UUGCGGGAGGGUUGCGCGGCGGUUCCUGCUCGGGGAGGUGAGAGCUGUCCGGUGCUGAGGGGGGGAAGAUGAGCUCAGCGCGCGCUGGGGGGCAGGUAACGUCAGCAGUCGGCCGGAGCAGGGAAAGACUGUGCAUACACACCCACCAAGUGUUUAUCGCCGUUUAAUCAGUGACACACACAUUAAGAAUGGGCAGCUAAUCAGCCCCGUGUGACUCAGCGCCGCUUUUUUUUUUUUAUUAAUUCCGAUUCACGAGUGCCUCGGCAGCAUCCCGCGCCCUCCGCUCGGCUUGAAAUGGGAUGAUAUGGGAUUUUUCAUGUCGACGAAGAUCGGAGGGAUUCUUGCGUUUGCCUUGGUAUUCCUGUCCCUCACGGUGUCAGGAGACUCACCAGAUGUGAAGUGUGAGAACAUUUAUAAGGACUUUUCCGACUGUGUCCUGGAGCUGGGAGAGAGCAUGGACAACUAUCAGGAGAACGUGACCAGUGAGAGGGGAGUGGCGGCCGUGUGCAGCCACUGGGAAGCUUUCCACACAUGUGCCCUCACGGCGCUGUCCGACUGUCAGGAGGAAGUCAGCUCCAUCUGGGAGACGCUGAGGCAGGACUCCAGGAAGAUGCGUUUCCAGGGAAGUCUGUUCGACCUGUGUAGCCCCAGCUCCGCUCCCAGCAUAAGUUCCCAUCUUGCUGCCCUUGCCCUGCCAUUGAUGCUGAUCGUGGCUGGGCCCAACUGGUCCUCUGUAUAGAUGAGGUAGGGGUGGGGGUUGGGGUGAAGGGUGAGGAGAUGGGAGAGGUAAGGAGGGUCUUGCAUUUCCCCCCGGGAGGUUCACCCCUCCUGAGUUUAAACUUAAAGCCAAGGAUUUAAGAGAGACGAAUGUUUUAAUGAGGAUUAUUUUGACACAGAGCCACGGAUGCCUGUGGCAAGCCAAUCAAUAUUUGCUGUGAUGAAUAAUGUUUGAAAUCCUCUCAAAUACUUCAGCUUGAUCUUCCCUUAUGUUUAGAAACUGGUGGAGCAGUGAAGAAAAUUACAUUUCUGCCAGUUUCUCAGUCCAGGCAGACUAAAGCAAACACUCCAAGUAUUCUAGGGAUAUCAGAUACAAUGUGAACAGAGUCAGAUCAAUGCCGCCUUUGGCUCUGUGUUACCACCAUACAAAGGGUGGACACAAUACUGUGAAUACCUAUAUAACAUAAUGCCAAACAGCUCUGCAACAAACACUGCAUUUGUGAUUAUAAUGUUCCUAUUAUUGAGUCCACCCUCUGUAAAUUGAGUGGUAUAGUUUUAUAAUGAUAAUCAAAGCAAUAGUUCAGCAUUUUGGGAGUUAACUGAGCAGACCAGUCUGUAUGCUAAAUAUUAAGCGAUCUCCAGCAGCCAGUUAGCUUAGUUUGGCGCGUAACUCUCCAGAAAACCAUAACUUGUUUUUAAACUUUUGUACAGAUUGAACAAAUGUUAUAGAAAAUGUUAUGUAGUAAGCUUUAGAGGAGCUGGUCAGUGGAUUUUGUUACUUUUGGCCAAAGCUAAGCUAGCUGUUUUCCAGUCUUGUGCAGAGCUAAGCUAACACACCACUGGCUGUUUCGUAUUUAGUGUACAGACAUGAGAACAAUAUCAACAGUCACAUCCAGUUCUCUGCAAAGAAGAUAUUUCUCUAAAUUCUUUUAAUCAAUUAAUGUAUGUAAGCACCAAAACACCAAUUUUAAUCUCCAAUGAGUUUGUAUAAAUACAGCCAAGCCAUCAUGAUGUAAUUAGCUAUCACAUUACAGGAAAACAUUUAAAGGGGUCCCUCAUCAAUAAUAACCACAAUAUCUUAGAAAAUCUUAGUUCUCUGACCUUACAAAGCUAUUUAAAUUUGUUGUCAACUUACUGAUCCGUGAAGGGACCAAACAUAAAGACCAAACCAAAGUCCUCCUAGGCUCUUAUAACGUCUCUGACCAAACCAGACAUUAACCUGAGAGAACUAAUGACACCAAAGCUUUCAACUAAACAACAUUCAGAUAUGCUAUUGGUGAAAUGCCCCUUUAACCUGUUUCGAAUUGUAGUAAAUGUUUGUGUAUGUGACAAUCAAGCCACUUGUAUGAAACCUUUGACUCCUCUCCCCCUACAACAUUUCAGCCCACUGUGGCUGAUGUUGCACGGCUGCUAUAAAGACACCAAAAACAGACAUCUAACACCUGGCAUCAACACGUUCACUCCUCCAGCUCCUCUCUCGCUCUCUCCGAACCUCGCCUCACCUCGCCCCACGCUUUGGUUCAGUCUUAACACUUGAUCAUCAAACUUCUAACCCAUUGAUGUUUGUGAAAAAACAAAAUCUGGAGUGUGUUGUUUCACAAAUUUCUGUUGUGUGACAGUGCUCACCUGUAGUAAACACAAUAUAACUAGAACUUUACUUCAGAUUACUCCCAGUACUGCAGGAAUAUAGUAUGUUAUACAGUAUGCAGAUAGACUACACAGGGGUGGAUUCUAUCAAAGAAAAUAGAUUUUCAAUUUUUCUCUAUGAUAAUUCAGACAUUUAAAGAUCUACCAAUGAAUGCAUUGCAUAAUUAUGCAUUAUGCCGCUCCAUUUAUCUGUUUCAUGCCUUUAAUUGGUGUAAUUUGGAGAUGCUUGGGCUUGAUUUGACAACAAACCCACAGACUUCAAAAGCAGUAAAGAGAAAGAAAAGUGUAGUGAAGCAGCUACAGUUAAUGUAGCAAUUUACUUGGCAUCAUUCCCACUAAUUUGACUCAUUUAGCAAAUGAACCAUAAAAGAUGUCAUUAGUUGUCUUUUAAUCACUAUGAAAUUAGCAUUUAGGUAAAAUUUGUUACAUUUUUACUUUUAAGGUAGUAGUCACUGAGAUUCAGAGCAAAUUUUUAAAAAAAUUAAUGAGCAAUAGCACUGAUUUGUUUUCUGUUUUUUUCCCUGUAACUGUGGCACCAUUUGCACAUUUCCUUUAAUUGUGCCUAACAGGCAUCAUCAAAACAUGGAUGAUUUCUGUGGUCCUGAAUAUUUUUCAUCAUCUAUUUUUAUCACAAAUGCAUGACAAUUUUCGUGGCAGUUCUUCAGAAAAAUGGCCAGUUUGUUGAUUUUUGAUGUGGACAAAGCACGUGUACAGUGGUAUUGAUCUGUGCAUGAAGUUAGGCUAGCUCCUCAGUGUUAUCAGCAUCCUUUCUCACGCAGAUCCACUAGCCCUCCCUCCCCUCAAAACCCAUGACAUUAGCAUGUUUGUUCUAGCUGUUUCUAUUUAUUUCAUGUUUCACAAGUAGUAGCAUCAUGUCAUCCAUGUGUGUCUGGUAAUGAGAAAACAAUAUCAAUUGUGGCGUCCUCCGAGCAUGAGCAAUAUGUACGGUCACUUCUUAAAAAGAGGACUCUAAUCUCUUUGUAUGCUGUUGAAGAAAGCAUGACAAUGACUUUGUUAUCAUGAGCAUUACUACCACAAAAAACUUUACCCUAAAGUCAAUUUAAACAUGGAAAGAACUUCUGAAUGUACAAACAAGUUCAGUAUCCAUGUGAGUUUUUCAGUUUACUGAUAGAAAAGCACACUAUUUACAAGACUGUAUAAAGCAAUAUAUGGCAAAGUGAUGUGUUUGUAAUAAUAAAGCACCAUGUUUAAAAUA